UCAUUCGAGUGUCGACCAUGGCUGCGGCCAAGUGGAUUCUAAGCGUGCUCCUCUUCCACUACAUCGGGAAUACGACCGGGGCCAUAGUGAAGGAGGACGCUACUACUUAUUACCUGGAAGAUUGCAAAACCCCGAUCCUGAUCAAGUUACACAAGGACCAGCCCAACAACAUCGUGAAGUUGCGUCUUUUCGACACCUUUCCCACGCAGCCGUCCAAAGAAUGCCGGACCGGAAUCUACGCUUACGUCGAUGAGUUUUAUACGGCAUGGCUCAAUCGCAGUCUGAGUCAACAUUUGAGUAAUUACAAGGUGUUCGUGACUCUAGAGGAUCUCAACUGGCCUUCGGACCGAUGUGACCAAAUAUUUUGCCUGGUGGAAGACGCGCAGCGGAACGGCUCUACAAUGUGCAAUGAGCUCGCAGAUAAUGUGUUCAGUUACAGAUUCGAUAUGAACUAUCGCAGGUUUCUGCCGUUGCACAAGGAUUACCAUCUCUACAUGAGCGUGGCUGUCGCGUACUUGCCAUAUACACCAAAUGCGCUGAACCGGCUUAAAAUAAACAAUGACGCAUGA